GUAGGUCUUGCACCUCUACUGCGUCCGCUUCCUCGUCUUCAACAUCAGUCGCUGCGUCACCUCCUAGUCAAACUACGAUCAUGACAGCUACACCUACAACAGUAGGAGCACCAAAAACCGUCCGCAUGCGAACGCAGCUCGCUCUACUUCGCCAGCAACAGGUUGGGCAUUCUUUGCAGUCGACCGAUAGACAGGUAUAUCCGGGAAUACCCUUGAGAGACCUGAUUCCUGACCUGUGUGCUACGAACCGAGUAGUAGAUAUAGCUGCGAAUUUGGUUUACCAGUGUCUCGACGUCUUCGAAGGUGGAUCGGGGUACGAUAGGAUGGGCUUGAUGUUUCGCGUACACGGAUUCUCCUACUUGCAAAGACCGGAUGAAAAGAAACUUUAUGAUUUACGAUUUUGAUUUUCUUGCGAUGAUGUGUCCACCCACAACUUCAUUGUUUGUUCGAGCAGAGUCUUCUCUCCUAUGUACUUUUAUUGCACUUUAGCUAACAAGCGCAAGCCCUAUCACCCUCAACGUAUAAUUGCCACGUGCCCUCCUUCAUACUGCAGAGCAGCUUUACUCCGACUUGUACCAGACCUGUAGUUUGCUGCUCGAGCCGCACUGCAUCAAGCCUGGCGCGGAGAACCUCUUUGCCGUCCUCUCUCCUGACAUCUUAGAUCGGGCAGCGCCGUUCCUGAGAAAAGUUCGCAGGGAUAAGAUACGAGAUAUGCUGCUUCAUGGGAUUAUGAAGGAUCAGGAUGUCCAUCAUUCUUUCUUGUUGAGCAUAGAUUUUUACGGCAUUGCUCCUAAUCAUGCCCGGCUCUUUCUGCUUCAAAAAUUUUUACGUCAAACGCUCCUAAGCCUCUAAUCCCCUGUCUCGCUAUAUGCUGUUGAACCGCGAGGCGAUGCAGAGCCUUGACUGGGACAAAGUGUGGACCAUCGUGGGAACGCGUCACUUCUUGGAACUAGUCGAACGAUUCCAGGUAGACCUGAAUGAGCAGAGGAUACGACGGGCGACCUCCUCAAGGAACUCAACAUUGAUGCCAGGAGGUCCCUUGCGUUAAGGGCUUUGGAAUUACAUCCCGCACUGUCAUCCUUGGCUUUUCGUUUCUAGAAGAGAAUAAGAAGCCAACUGUCAUCCUUGGCUUUUCGUUUCUAGAAGAGAAUAAGAAGCCAAGGAAGUUGGAGAUGUUUGAGGAAUCUAGAAGCCUCUAAGUAGAAGUGGAGACAGUGGAUGCCAUGUUGCACGUUCUGUUGAACCGGAAGCCAAUGAGCGUUUUCCAGGCGAUAUCAUUGUUAAGGCUACCAAGCGAGCAUCCCCCUACAGCAUGAUCCUUGGCCUCAUUUUCAAGAGGGAAAUGGGUCCAGGGAUGGUCUCAGGGAUGCACGUUGGUAGCUCUAACAUUGAGCUUUGCCGUGAGGGAGGAGCACGAUGGCUUUGCCGAAAGUGCUGGACCUCCAACAAGCAAAAAUCUCCUCUGCCAGCCUCUUCUUCCCGGCUCCGCUCACUCCUUAGGGUCGCUGUUGGAGAGGGUUUUGCACCAGAAAAGUGAACACUUGCUGAGGAAAUUCUUCUACCAUUUAGUGAACGACACAGGAGACGAAUCGCUGUUUCAUGAAGCCGUGCAAGCUUGUAUACUAGAUCGCUGUCCUAUCACUGGGUUUGCGAGGUCUACGUGGGCUGCGGAAGUAGUAGAGAGAAUCGGCAAAGAGAGUAGACCACGAAGACUAGGUCUACUCGACCAUGAUGCCAGAAACGACACCAGCUUGGCGGGAACAUUUUCUCUUGCACCUUCAAUUUUUGAAGGAGCAAAAGAGACGUUUUUGGAAGGCGAAGAGGAUGACGCCUGUGGCCAUUUUGGUUUUGAGGAGGAGCAAGAUAUUUUCCAACGGCAAGGAACACUUGUACAUCAUGAGCAUUCAUGUAUGCCCCAGAUGAUUGAUGUAUCGUCCACGAGGACGCCGGGAGUAAAACAUGGAAAAACUGCCACAAGCACAUCAAGAAUGCAGCAAGAAGUGAAAAAGCUGCUCGACGAAGAUUCCGUCAUUAACGACAUCACCACAGAGCUCAGGCUUUUGGACGGUGCUGAUGGACCACGAAUUGCGUACAGAGCUCGGUCCAGGACUGUCCCAAUGAGCGCUCUUCUGGAUCGUGGAGAAGAAGAUGAUGUAGAAGUAGAUAGGGGAAUCGGAACCAUGAUGGCAGAAGCAGAUAGGGGAAUGGAAGAGCCUGUGCAUGUACCUUGGGUGAACAAAAGCGGUAGUAUCUUGUCCUCGAUGAUGGAAGAUUUGGAUAUCGAGGAGGAUAGAAAGACGAAGAAUCAAAGGGCUCAUCCAGAGCAGCAUGCGUCGUUUUUCCCACGAGAGCUCCGUGACGAACAGAUCUUCUUCGUCGAGAGUGCGGCUCAAUUGUCUGCCAUGCGGAAGGUCCUGUUGGAGGACCUGACUUCUAGAAGUCCUGGCGUUUCUUCUACAUUAAGGGUAGGUUAAGCGUGUUUUCUACAUUAAGGGUAGGUUAAGCGUGUUUUUGUUAUAAGGAACAGUCAAGAAACCACUAACAACCCAACAACAAGCUAGACCAGCGGGUAGAACUCGUCAGGAAAAUCCUAGGCAGAUCGCCGAAUAGAUUCAAAUCAUAAAGGGCAGGUUAAGCGACGCCUUUUGUUGCCGUUCGCCCUGCCUUCCCCCUCGCUAACAGCAAGUACUCGACCAGCAGGGCAAGAUCAAGAUCUACCUUUCCUCGCUCUCGCCUCCGAGACAAGCUACGAUGCGGCUAUAUCUGUGCUUACGAUCACAAGUGA